CUCAGGCCAUAAAACUGUCCACCCUAGUCCGCGCCGUCAAAUUUCCUAGGGUUUAUCUACGCCUCUCUCUCACCCCCGCCGCGAGCUCGCCGCUGCCGCCUUCUUCGCCCGCUCGCGCGCGAAGAAACCCGAGGCGCCGAGCAAGAUGGCAAGGGGUUUGAAGAAGCAUCUGAAGAGGCUCAAUGCUCCUAAGCAUUGGAUGCUUGACAAGCUUGGUGGAGCAUUUGCACCCAAGCCUUCUUCUGGCCCCCACAAAGCCAGGGAGUGCUUGCCUUUGAUCCUUAUCCUCAGGAACAGGUUGAAGUAUGCUCUGACCUACCGUGAAGUUAUUUCAAUCUUGAUGCAGCGACAUGUUAUGGUUGAUGGCAAGGUCAGGACCGACAAGACAUAUCCAGCUGGAUUCAUGGAUGUUGUGUCAAUUCCAAAGACUGCUGAGAAUUUCCGCCUUCUCUAUGACACCAAGGGACGCUUCCGUCUCCACAGUAUCAGGGAUGAUGAGGCUAAGCUCAAGCUUUGCAAGGUGAGAUCUGUGCAGUUUGGGCAGAAGGGUAUCCCUUUCCUGAACACCUACGACGGCCGCACCAUCCGCUACCCAGACCCCCUCAUCAAAGCGAACGACACCAUCAAGAUCGACCUGGAGACCAACAAGGUUGUGGACUUCAUCAAGUUUGAUGUAGGGAACGUCGUGAUGGUGACUGGCGGUAGGAACACUGGGCGUGUCGGGGUGAUCAAGAGCAGGGAGAAGCACAAGGGCAGCUUCGAGACCAUCCAUGUUGAGGACGCCCUUGGCCACCAGUUUGCCACCCGCAUGGGCAACGUCUUCACCAUUGGCAAGGACAAGAAGCCGUGGGUGUCUCUCCCCAAGGGCAAGGGCAUCAAGCUCAGCAUCAUCGAGGAGGCAAGGAAGCGCAAUGCUGAGGCUGCUGCCGAGGCUUGAUUUCUGAGCUCUCCAUAGCAGGGGUAGUGCGUAAAGAGAGAAGUCAAGUUGCAAGUCCUGAUAUAUUUGAAACGAUGAAUCUCGGUAAGCCAAAAAGCUGUUUGAAUCUCAGAAAGCCAAAAAACUAUUUUGAAACGGCAGGAGCAUUUGGGAAGUUCUUCAAUACCUAUUACUGUUAGUAUAACAACAAUUUGGCUCGAGAGCAAAGAAUCCCUAAUUGGGCACGGUGCUGGAGAGACUGCCUGCCGGACCAUAGUUAGACUCUGUUUAUUUGGGUUUUUGCUUCUGGAGAAGCCUGUUUCUGACUUCUGGAGAAGAGGGGUUAUUUCUCCAAAAGCUGUUUAUAUAGAAGCAGUAACCUGUUUGGUAACCCUACUUUUAGAUGAUAUGGAUUUAUCACUUUUGAGUUGAAAUGUAUCUUAUGCCUCUGACUGUUUGAAGUGGAUUUGUUUAGGUUGUACAGACUGUUAUUAAAAUUUGAUGGAAAAUAAACUUGUGAGCUUUUGUAAUAUAUGAAUGGAUGUAAUUACGAUCCAUUUGGAGUUUAAAAUUUGUCCCUCGAGUGUA